ACUUGACUGCAAUGAAGAAUGCCGCGAACUGGCAACCGCCGCGCUGUAAGCUAUCGGGUAACGUGAUUGAAGACAUUCAUACGCUGACACGAGAGACUGAAAACGUGUAGCCAUGGGUUGAAACCGUCUGACCCUUGUCCCGUCCUCGUCCCUUCACCCUUGCUCCGCCUCUCCGUGAUUUUCCAAAAAAAAAGAAAGAAAGAAAGAAAAGAAAUAUAUAAAACAGACUACAAUCAGUCUAAUGAGUACCUCGGGGGGCCGAUUGAAAACAAUGUAACGYGGCCAUACCCUCGRCCUCUCUUCUUCAGAUCGUGCGUACGAGUAAAAAUUUAAACCAGCGAUAGUAGCAAGAAGGGAAUCAGGAAAAUUGAGACACUGCUCAUUCAAAGAUAACCUGCGACCAAACGUUCUGUUUUUCGCAGAGGCGGGAGAGAGGGGGAAAAAUCGAAUCUCUCUCCCGCGUUCCUUCCCAUAUCGCGCUCCGCUCUCUUCACUCAUAAUCUGGGGUGGAAGGAGGAAAGGGGGAUGGAGAGCUUAUUCAAAGGCUAACGCAGUCGGAAGAAGGUAUUCGGAAAGAUAAGGGAAAAGGCAAACAGUGAUUGCGUUGAGAGUUUGUUUUUCCUGGUAAAUAGGUAAGUGACAAGGGUCUGUGACACGAUGAUGCUCAUGUGCCACUUUGAUUGACACUGGAAGAUCAACUGAAAAGUUUUUAACAUGGAUCAAAAUGGUAAACUAACACUUAUAGCAAAAGAGUGCAGCCAGUCUUUCGUUUGAAAGCUAUACUGAAAGUAGCCGGCGGUACAAGAAGCGUGGAACUAAAUCCUCUUUAUUCAUUCGACCUUAAUUUUACGGACCCUUUCGGACAGUUUACCUCUUGGAGAUAGCGUCUUUUGAUUUCCAUGAAAACCAGCUCCUCCCCUCUCCUCACCCCGUAGGAAGGUUUGAUUGCUCAGGAAUAAAGAUAAUAUGUGACUAUAAAAACUCUUGAAUGCAGAGGACCACGCGACGAAAAAUUCAACUGCUUGACAAGCACAUCUCGCUUGCUCCAGGGCUUUUGCUCAAGAAAUGCGAUGGGCUCCUGGAAUUGCUCGUGCUCGACGUCACUCGCUCGCUAAUUGUAAAUAAAACCAAAUUUAUUGCAAAGCUGGUACUAUGGCAAAGGGCCCUAAUAUACUGUUUCACCGCCCGGCCUUUUUCCGCCCUGCGUUUUACCUUGGAAUCAAUUUUGAUCUAUACUAUGUGCCCGUUAUAUGACGUAUAGACUGAUAUAAAAUUGCCACUGCUCCAACUUGCGCCAGCAAUCAAAGCCGGUCACAUGGACUGUCUAGUACAUGAGUCGAGACGAAGAUUUCAUUAGACUUUUACAGGAUUUUAUAUUUUCUGUGAGGAUUCUUGGCGUACUUUGCUAUGAAUGGUACGGAGAAGCAGCAGAAAACCACGAAAUCCUUCAAACUCUCAUCUUAUCUGUUGGCGUUGCGACCAUGGUCAUUUUCGGCGUCGUUUAUCCCUGUGGUUUUAGGGGCAGUGAUAUGUUGGAAAACAACCGGUAACUUUAGCUUCAUUUUACUCCUUUUAACAAUGGUGUCGGUUCUUGGGGUACACGCUGCCGGAAAUCUAGUCAAUACUUAUUACGACUACAUGAAAGGAGUUGACAGUAAAGUUUCCGACGACCGUACUUUGGUUGAUCAUCUUUUAACACCGAAAGAAGUUGUCAACUUGGGUGUCGUGUCAUACGGCCUUGCCAGUUUUGCCCUCGUGUUUCUGGUCGGAUUAUCACCAGCAAAAAUGGAGCAUUUGUCAUUCUUGUUCUUCGGAGGCCUCUCUGGUUCGUUUUUAUACACUGGAGGUGUUGGGCUGAAAUAUUACGGAGUCGGUGACAUUGUAAUAGUGAUCACGUUUGGUCCUUUGGCCGUGUUGUUUUCUUAUCUAACACAAUGUGGAAGCGUGGCGCUGUUUCCGUUGUUUUACGCUAUUCCUGUGGCUUUGAGCACAGAAGCCAUUCUACAUAGCAACAAUACAAGAGACAUGGAGGCAGACAAAAAAGCAGGAGCUGUAACUUUGGCAAUUAUUCUUGGCCAUCAACUAUCAUAUGCACUUUAUUGUCUUCUCCUGCUUGCCCCUUAUGUUAUAUGUGCAGUGCUGUCUGUUAACCUGUCUGUACGUUUCCUUGUACCUCUUACCACGCUUGGAAUGGCUUUUAAACUGGAAAAAAGCUUCAGAGAAGGAAAACUAAUGCUACUGCCACGACAGACUGCUAAACUGAAUUUAAUGUUUGGUUUGUUGUAUAUUGUUAGUUGUACAGUAGCGCCAUUAAGCCUUCACAUUAAGUGAUUUGACUCCGCUGUGAGUAGUUCUUUCGGUGCGUUCUUUCAGGUUAUUUACAACAAACAGCAUGGUGACUCAUGGUCGGCAGAAUUGCAAAAAGAGUGGUAAAUGAACAAGUGGGAUAAUUUGUUUGAAUUGGAUAGAACUGCCAUUUUUGGCAAAUCUACCUUCAAAUAGUAACUGAAUUUCCAAUAAUUUAAUAUUUCUAUGCAAACAACAGACAGUGAAAAAAAGAAAAAUCUGAAGGUGUCAAUAUUGUUGCCAUAGACACAACUCAAUGGGUAUUGAAAAACCUAGUAACUAAAUUGAACUUGUGAAUGUAGAGAUUUAUGCACAAAUCUUCUCAAAAAUGUUUUUUUU